CGAUAAACAAUAUGGCGACGACCAUUGAGGCAUUACAUUGUUAUGAUACCCACGAUACCGGUAUUAGAAACAGACAGUCGAACAUCUGACAUCUCUGAAUAGGUUAACUAAGUGCCCACCCUCCAGAUGAUUAGCAGUAGUGUAGUGGACCGCUCGCCUGUGUAUGGAGGUUCGUCCAACUACCAAAAAAUAGACUACUCCAACUCAGCCAAGAGAACGAAUAUGGACGGGGGUCAGCCAAAGAUGUCCCGUUUACAGCUAAUGCAAAUGCAGUACCAACAGCGUAUGUUGAAGGAUAAAGAAGAGAAGCUUGUCAACAUGUAUCAGGAGAACCAGCAGCGUGCAAUCAAUCGUGUCCAGUCCAAAGGUAUGGCAAGAGAAUUUUUUCGAGAGCGACGUGAAAUGGAAGCCAACGGUAACUUGGAUCAAAUGCCAUCUAUUGCCCAGCAUUAUCAGCAGAAACGGAGAGAAAAUGGGGUGCAUGUUAACAACAAUUCCCCUCACGGUACGAUCAGUAGGCACAACUCGUUUGGUUCUAAUCAAAGUCAAAGACAGUAUGUGGGUAAUAACCGUCAAAACUCUGGUGGUCACCAGGGCUACAAGACCAGAUACCAGAAAAUGUCCAGCGCUGGUAGAGAUAAGUCUAACCCUCUAGCACCAAUAGAAAGAACAAAUUCACAAGAAAAUGAUUUUUUCCCAAGGAAACCACAAAUUCAUGGUCGGCCACGAACGAAAGAUUCUGAGAAGAGACCAGUACGUGAAGACCAAAUGCCAAAAAGUGCACCUAUCAAUGAUUUUUCUCCUUAUGAUGACAGCCCGCCACCAAAUCUGACCAACUUAAAAAAUACCCAGAGACAGAAAGUAAACGCCUUUGGUUAUGGUGGGCGUCCACCGAAAGGAACAACGUCUAAGACCACAAAACCUUCUGACUUCCAACAGUUCCAGUCAGACAGAGACCAGGAGCGUGCCGACAGACUAAGGAGACACCAGCAAACUCUAGAUCGUGGAAUUGUGGCGGGAUAUGAGUAUGAGGAUGAAAAGGAGAAUGAAUCUGAGGCAAACUCACAGCGGGAAACAGCAGUAGACAUUGAGAGAAAACAGCAAGAGAUCAUGGACAAAAUUGCGCGUCAACAGGCUGAGCUUGAGAGAAUAAGGAAACAGCGGGCUUCCGAAGAGGAAGAGGAAAAGAGAGAGAGAGAACGACGUAAAAAGAGAGAAGAGGAGAGACGAAAAAAAAUGAAAGAAGACGAGGAAAAACGAAGGAAGGAAGAAAGGGAGAGGAGGGAGAUGGAAGAAGAAGCAAAGAGGAAAUCAGAACAGCAGCGCAAGACAAACAAAUCACGCUCUAGAUACGAUAACCAAUAUCAAGAUAAUGGAAGCGAGGGAUAUGCCUCAAAUAUGUCAAGUUUCCGAGCAGAACCAACUCCACCUCCGCAGCCUAAACCCGCACGCAAGGCAAUCAUUCGUCGCCCUCCACCACAGCAAAAUCCUUUAGCAAUGUCUUCCGACAGCGCGCAUGACAACAAACCCAUAAAUUCUGCUCGAGGUGGGAAUCUAAGCAUCUUCGAGCAAGCUGCACGUAUGGAAGGUGCUUUUGACACUGAUCAUGUAAAGCAAGUAAAGUGUUCAAAUUGUGGUCGUAAAUUCAAUGCUGACAGAAUAGGCAAGCAUAGGGAAUUCUGUGGCAAUAUCACGAAGAAACGAAAGGUUUUGGAUGGCACCAAGAUGAGGGUUCAAGGAACAGAACUGGAAAAAUAUGUAGGAAAGAACGGCUCCCCGAAAAGAUCGGCUCCUUCUGGAAAGAAAGGGAAUUGGAGAAAGCAGCAUGAAGAGUUUGUUAAUAACAUUAGGUAUGCCAGAAAGGUCGCCCAGGUACAGAAGGAGGGAGGAAGUCUAAAUAGCCUGCCUCCUCCGCCCCCGGCAGAAAAUGCAGAUUAUGUUCAAUGUCCUCACUGUAACCGCAGAUACAAUGAAACGGCAGCAGAGAGGCACAUACCUAAGUGUAAGGACAUUAAGGCCAGACCUACUGCACUAAAGAGAAGAAGAUAGUGCCUUUCAUUCCACAAUUCAUCAAUAUUUUUACUUUACACUCCCGUGUAAGGGCACUGGACCCGCUAUUCAUUUACCAUGUAAACCAAAAGAGGACAUUUUGCAAAAAAAAUGCAAGAGUACCCUUGAUCUGCUGGGUAUCUUAACCCAUUUUAAAUCGUGACUGAACUCAUUUGAAAUGAUGACUCCGGUAGCACGUUCCAUCCGAACACUGGAGGAUUUAGAACUUCCACUGGAAGUUUCAUUUGCUGUGACAAGAAAAGUGUAAAGCACUCAUACCAUCGUAUAAAUGCACGAACAAUGAAAGAAAACAAUAUAUGCAUUCAUUUCUAUAAUAUUAUUUUCACGUGGUGAGAGUUAACAUAUGUCCGUAAGAUGAAUUUUUCAAAAAAAGUGUAAAAGAAAGCUAUCAGUAUAUGAAGGAUUGAAUCUCAAACAUGAAAGAGGACUUCAAGUUUAAAUUCAUCUGAAAACUUAUUAAGAUUUUAACACACUGACCGUGUUGUGUUUGAAAGACAUUUGCGAUGUUUGAAUGGAUGCAAAUCAACAGAAUAUCUCACAGACACUUGAAUUGGUGCUUGCCAAAAACUUUCAUAUAAUUUAGUUUCGAUUACUAUCAGUAUCUACUUACCGAAUGUAGUAUUCUGAUGUUUAUCAAUAUAAAUUAUAAACACACAUGUUUUCUUCAAGUAAGCAAUACAAAUUAUGAGUUCGAUACCUCCAUGGCGCCAUUGGUAAGUGUUUCUAAACAAGCAUAGUUCUGGGGCUGCAUUUGAAAUCGUGAUAUUCUAGCUAUAUCGGGUGUCUCUGUUUGAAAGGUCUUACUGACGCUCACCAUAAUAUAUAUAACGGCCAUUUACUCACAGGUUAAUUGAAGUCUCAUUCUAGACUGGUUCUUGUUACGGACUUUUUAAGUGCUGUUUAGUUAAUAAUUGCAUUGUAUGCUAUUGACUGGCUUUAGAAAGCACCACCGUAUCAUUCUUUGGACUGAAAUAGGUAUGAAACAGUGGUGGCUUCUUGCUGAUCUGACGUAGUCUGAGAUGCUUCUUGUUAUUCAAUUUUUGCUAUGUUGAUUUUAAGUUCGUUAUAGAAAUAAUCACUGAUCUCAACUAACGUGUUACAUUUAAUUCACAUUGAUUCAAUAUUUUGCUCAUAAUGGCUUUUUUCUUUGAGUUUUGCAAUUAAGUGUUUUUUGACACACAUUUGUGUACUUCCUCCCAGAAAUCUGAUGUUAAGUGAUUUUGUAGAGACGUCUCAAUUUUAUCAAUUGAAAGAAAUACACUUUUACUGUAACAUUGUUUUAGCCUUUUUUUGAGAGUGUACAUACUGUACAUAUUGUUUUCUUUUUGGAUGUCACCUUCUUUAAAAUUGAAGUGUUAUUUUAAGGAUGUGAUGAUGCUACGUUUACUUCAUUUGUUCCUGAUUUAAAGAACAUCCUAUAUGGUUUAUAAAUUUACGCGAUUAUAUACCGAUCUCCAUGUUAUUAUCUUGUCAUAAAGAAGUUUUUCCUAUACAAAUGUUGACACACUUAAUGAAUAGCAAUCACGUUUUUGGGGGUUGGGUUGUAAGAAUGAAAUCAACAAUUAUGUAUUUAAGCAAACAGUAGCGAAAAUAAGUAUGGAUUGGAAAAUGUGUUUUAGUUCAAUCAGUACGAAAUACACAUUUGCGAUUCUCCAGAAUCUAAAAGAAUUCGUCUCUAUAUCGGUCUAUGUGUUCCUGUUUGAGAUAGAUAUAUAUCAUUUUUAUAACACUUGCUGCACUAAGUCUUUUAUGGUGUGUGUUUCUGCUCUGUUUACGGUUAACUUGGUCACUGUCAAUGUUAAUGAAAUUCGUUAUUGUAAUCAGGCAUUAUCAAUCACUGUUGUAUGGUUGUUUCCAUUAUUUAUUCAGAUUAUGUUAACCAAUUUAUAGAUGAGUUCAUGCUUUCAUAAAGCGAUAUUUUUAAUUAUAUUUUGUUAUAAAAUCUGUUAUUUUUAUCAAAUUUCAAUAGUUAAUCCUCGACAGUUAAUAAAACAUUUCCUAUUCUAUGUGAUAGCAAUGACUGAUUCAAGUAUCAUCAGUUUGUAUACAAAACAAUCAGUUUCAAUUCAUACAAAAAUAAUCACUGAUUUUUUUGUAUCAGUUAUCUUUGUUUUAAAACACUAAAAUGUUAUUUGAAAAGAAAAAGUAAUUCAGAUAUGGUAAUUUGGUGAAUUUGAGAGAAAAUAGACAUAAUAGAUGUAUAUUUUUAAUGGAAGUGGAAUGAAAAGCAUAUGUAAAGGUUCAACUGGUGUCAUUUCGGUGUAAAUAUCAUUCUAAGAAUGAACUGAUAUUUCUGUACCUAUUCAAUUGCACAUUAUAUUUCACACAUUAGCGCGAAAACUACAUACUACAACUUAUUGGUAUAAUCACUGUAUGGCAAUACUUACAAACAGUAAGUUAAGCUAUUUUCCAGGUGAUGUGAUCCUGAUCCGGUCACAAGGAAAAUCAGUUAUAUCUUAGGUGAAGAGAUAGGGUAAACUAUUAACUAUGUAUUAAUGUGACCCUAGCCAUUGAGUGCAGCAUUGGGGGUAUAAGAAGUGAUUAAAUUAAACCUUACGUUUUAUUUGAAUUAAAUGUGAACAUAAUUAAAAGUUAAAACUCAGA